UGAAAGUGUUAAGUUUGUGCAUAGAAAUUUUCAACUAGACAUUGAUCAAUAUUAUUUGUAUCGGAAUUUUGCUAUACAAAUUUGUUAUUAAAUAAAAUUUUCAUAAAAUUAAGUUUACUCUUUGUAGAAAUUUAAGAAAAAAUGUGAAAAAUGUAAUAUUUGAUAUAUUUUGUUGUAAAAUCAUUAAAUAUGGCCAAUAAUGGGUAAUGAAAAUAAAAUUAAAAGUUCAAAUCGAAGCCAAUAUAAUGAUGUCGACAACCGCAUUGGAUAUGAUACCAAUAAAAGAAAAUUUCGUUGGUUAUUUGAUAAAUCAGUCAGAAGGUUUUCAGAAACAUUAAUAGUUUUUGUUUACGACACAGAAUGCUGUAAGGAGGAGUCUGACGAUCCAGUUGAUGCUGUUUUAUAUUUUCACCCUAGUUGGGUCUCGGAUGUACAAAAACUUGCAUUAUGUGGACAGUUAAUGGGAAUGACAUAUUUUCUAAAAACUGGAUUGUUUAAACCAGAAAUUAUCGCAUUACAAAAUGGGAAAUUUAUACUCAAAGAAUUUGGGCGUUUUAUACUGGCUGUUGGCACUGAUCGCAAUAUAUCAGAUUCUUUAUUAAAACAUCGUGCUGAGCUUUUAUCUUCACUCAUUCAGUUUUUUCAUCAUGAUAUACAAACCAUUCAUGAUCAAUUUUCUAGUGGAAGUCAAUUUAAGAAUUUGUCGGAGAAAUUGUACCAUAUUUUUGAGACAUAUCUACCAAUAUUACAACAUAAUGGGAACAUAUUCCAUAAUGUACCUAAACUCAAAAUUCCCAAGAGUGGUAGCAAUAUUUUUUUAGAUGCUAUUCAAACUUUGCAAAGCUGUCAACAAAGAAAUGGAGUUUUAGGCGGGGCUUUACUCUAUCAUAACAAAAUUGUUGCUACUCAACUUUCUCAUUCAGCCACAAAAAAUUUAGUUUUAACAGAUCCUUAUCGCAUUAAAUCUACAGCUGAACAAAUAAGCGUUGAUUUUCAUGUUCCAAAUGGGGUACAAAUGUUAAUUGUGUAUAUUCCAGUAUCAGACUAUAAGAAACUUGUGACGGAAUCGCAACGUGCGCAAAACUUGGCAACUCAAAAUUUAUUUAGUAAUACGUUGCCAUUCCAAUUUAAUACAAAACGAAAUAAGAUAAAACGUGAUAAAUCUAUUAUCUUCACAAAUAUACCUGAAGAACCCACCUCAGCCUCGGAAUUCUCAACAUCAUCUUUGACCGAAAAUUCUUCCACUACCAGCAGAGAUAAUAAGACUACUUCUUCUACAACUAGUACAGCAUCUGCAUUUUCUAAUCCACGAUCUAAAAGUAAUUUGCAAAGACCUACUCACUUGCCUCUUCGCUUUAAAAACGUAACCACCAAAGAACUUCCGGAAAGCGGAUUUGUAUCUAUUAACUUCGAUGAAAACGACUCAUAUCCUGAAUUCAUAGGUCGAACCAGUGUUUGUUCUACACCAAUGACUGAAAACAAAAUUCUUCAGGGUAUUAACAUACUAUCCAUAUGUGCGAACCCGUCAGAAAAUAUUAUUAUAAACAAUCUAAAGGAAGAAAGGAAUAAAAAUUUUCCUAACGAGAAUAAUUUAGUGAAGAAGAUAUCAUCUAAAAUAGAUUUUGAAAAUUUUUUCAAAAAUGUAAUUCCUAAUCCUCAUAAGCUUGAAAGACGGAAUUCUUUAAAUGACAUUCAAGAUUCAUUUAAAAAGAUUUCAAAGAGAAUUUCUUUAAGACCCUUUGGGUUUGGUCUUGCCAAAAUAGAUACAAACAAAAAAAAGGAAGAAUUAAGUCGAGAGGAAUCGUUUGAUAAUGAUGAUGAAAGUUCCGUAAAAACAAUAUCAGAUCCCACAUAUCCAAUGUUUAACACAAAAGGAGAAGCUAUUUCUAAUGGGCUUUUUCAAGAGUUUUUGGAAAAAUAUAAUUCUUCUUGGCAAAAAAAUGAUAAAAGUGAGAGCUUAUCUCAGCUAUCAGAUACUUCAAAAAAUUUCAAAGAGUCUAAGAAAAAAGAAACUGAAAUUGAUAGUGACAUAAAUCAAAAAGAAAAUACAGAAAUCAAAAUAAUUAACGAUAUUGAAAAUGACAUUAUAUCAUCAAGAAACAACAAAAGCGUCUCCGAUCGGAAAUCAUUAUCAUUGCCUUUAAAACCAUUAAAUGACCUCGACAGACUAGAAAAUAGCAACAAUUUCUCAGGUUAUGGAACUAAUGGAAUUUUCGAUGCGAAGAGAAGGAAAUCGGGUAUACAGUUGACUCCAUUAAUGGCCAAACUCUCAAUUUUAGCAGCUAAUGAAGAAAGCGGAUUUUCUAGUUGGGAUGCUACUCCAGGUAUAGAAAAUCAAACGCCGAUUGACGCGCCAAAGUUAUUUCGCAGAAAGUCUUCUACGAAAACUGAUGAAAUAAAACCCGCUGCAGAAAGUUUUUUAUCAGAAGAAUAUCAAAAAGUUGAGCUAUAUGUUUGUGGACAACAAAAUAUGACUUUAUUUCUAAUAUUAGAGGAAGGUUCCAGUCGUAAUAGGGAUCUUGUUCAAGCCAUGUUUGAUGUUUGCGUUGCUCGUAUGGGAAAAUUGGAGAACCAAUUAAAUCAAACAUUAAAUAUUAAUGUAGAUGGUGAAAAAGGUGAAGGAAGUUAUAGUUUUAUUUGCAUAGAUCCGAAAUGGGAUACACUGCAUCGUGGCGGACCCUGGACACCAUUGGAUUUAAUUGCCUUGGAGCAUAUGCAUAAAGAUCUUAAUAUGAAAUUUCCCAUAACUGAUAUGAUAAUGAGAACUGACGAAAGUGUUAUUUACGGAUAUAAAUUAGGAAUAACAGAAAUAUUUUACAAAGAAUCCACCAAUCAAAUAGGUGGUCUACCUCCUCCAUCAGAUUUAAUGGGUACAAUUUCUUCAAGGGCGAAAAGGCGGCUUGAAAGAGACCAUUCAUAUGUAUUAUUUUAAGAAUAUUUAUUAAUAGUGAGAAAUGAAUCUCUUCAAUUUAAGAAGUCUACUAAAUUAUUUGAAAAGUAAAAAUUUAAAAAUUUUCCCAAUAAAAUCAUAAUUGAUUAAAAUACAUAUGCCGAAUAAGUAUCCUGAGAAAAUUUUAAUCUUUUAAAUAUGAAUUGAUAAUUUUUUGUUUUUAAAGUAAUUUUCUUAAUGUCUAUUUAGUAAAUUUAAUAAUUUCUAAGAAUUUUAAAAAUAUUUAUAUAAAUUAAACAACUAGUAGAUAAUGUAGCUCCUAGUCCUAAUAAAUAAUUAUUAAAAAUUUUUAUUUUAGAGGCUGGAUUUCGUUGCUGGUGAACUUAAAAAGAACUAAUGCAUAUAUAUUAGGCUUUUUUUAAUUUUAAUAUCAGAAUAAAGCAUGAAUAGAAAAUUUGGACUUAGCAUAAAUAUAAAACUAUAUAAUAUGUAGCAUACGCAGAACAGUUUCGCUUAAAUGAAUA